AUGCAGCACCACCCAGGUUCGUGGUACAUCCCGUGGGGCGUUCCGGGAAUAGGCCUACAGAAGAUGUUGGCCGUACCGUUUAACCCGGCAACGGCGGGUUUCCACCAGCCACAGAUAGCGGCCGCUGCCGUGCAGCCGCCCACGGUGCAGUCGGUGCAAAACCCACAAGUGCAGCAGGCGGCCGCAACUCAGCAAGCCGCCUAUCAGCACCAGCUGCAUCAUCCGGCCGCUGCGCUGCACAACACGGCCGCUGUGGCUGCCGCCGCUGCAAUGCAUCAGCAUCAGCAUCAGCAUCAACACCAGCAUCAGCACCAGCAUCAGCAUCAGCAUCCGCAUCAGCAUCAGCCGCUGCACCCGGCGGCUGCCGCGGCCAUGUUCACGCCGCUGACGCUGCGGAGCUUCGUCACGCAUCCGCAUUUGAAUUUGGGCCAGCAGCCGAUGGCUAGCGCCCAGCAGCCUCAGCAACCGCAGCUCACGGCGAGCCAAACCCAGUCGCAGCUCACCACCAUCAAUCUGAACAGCGUCGGUGUCGUGCCAGUGCGCCAGAAGACGGCUCCGGUCAGCGUCCCGUCGAACACGCUCAUCAUGCCGAUGAGAAAGAUUAUCAUGACGGAGAAGGAAAAAACGAAACUGGUCUCAACCGAGAAGCGAAAAGCGGACGAAAGCGAGCCGGUCAAGGAUUUGAAAAAGGCUAAACUUGAAACCAAAGCAUUGAAAGCGAAGAGGCCUGGUUUCACUGAUGAACGAUACCAUGAGACUUCAUACUACAUUGAAAAUGGUCUGCGGAAGGUGUACCCGUACUAUUUCACUUUCACGACGUUCACCAAGGGGCGCUGGGUGGGUGAAAAAAUUCUUGACGUGUUUGCUCGGGAGUUCCGCGCUCACCCUGCCGAAGAGUACGAACGCUGCAUCAAGGCUGGUACUCUAACCGUCAACUACGAAAAAGUGCCAACUGACUACAGGUUAAAGCAUAACGAUCUCCUAGCAAACAUCGUCCACAGACAUGAAGUUCCAGUAACUAGUCAACCAAUCACAAUAGUGCACAUGGACGACGAUAUUGUGGUUGUGAACAAACCAGCAUCUAUACCAGUGCAUCCCUGUGGCCGUUACCGUCACAACACGGUGGUGUUCAUUCUGGCGAAGGAGUAUAAUCUGAAAAAUCUCCGUACCAUCCACCGGCUGGAUCGGCUCACGUCCGGGUUGCUGCUGUUCGGUCGCAGCCCCAAAAAGGCCCGCCAAAUGGAGCACCAGAUCCGGAACCGACAGGUGCGGAAGGAGUACAUCUGCCGGGUGGAGGGCGAAUUUCCAGACGGCAUCAUCGAGUGCAAGGAGCCAAUCGAGGUAGUCAGCUACAAGAUCGGCGUGUGCAAGGUUUCUCCCAAGGGCAAGGAAUGUACGACCACGUUCCAGAAGCUCGGUUUCAACGGCAGCAGCAGCGUCGUCCUGUGCAAACCCCUCACUGGCCGCAUGCACCAGAUUCGGGUGCAUCUGCAGUACCUCGGAUACCCGGUCGUGAAUGAUCCACUGUACAACCACGACGUGUUCGGGCCGGCAAAGGGCCGCGGUGGCGAUAUCGGCGGCAAAAGUGACGAGCAGCUGGUGAAGGAUCUGAUCAAUAUUCACAAUGCAGAAAAUUGGCUCGGCAUCGACGGUGACUCGGAUCUGUCAAUGUUUAAACCGAUGAAAAAUGACCUGGACGAUGUGAAGGGACAAAUUCUAUCCGACGACGACUCGGAGAGUGUAUCCCGCGAGGCAUCGCCCUGCUCGGAAAGCCCCCGGCCCGUAUCGCUGGGCAGCGAAAGCCCCCACGAGAAUAUGUGCGCCUCGAUGCUGAUUCCGAAUGCACUGAACGCGGUCAGCAGCGCCGGCAUCGGGACAAGCGUCAGCACCGGCACCACGAACAAUGCCGCCAUCGUCAGUGCCGUGGGAACCAACACCACCAUGCUGUGCAGCCGGAUGCAGUCCCAGAAGGUUACCGUUGCAACGCAGACCGGCCACGAAUCGCCCGACUUAGCCUUUAAUCCGGAUAAAAUGACAACCGACAAGCACUGCUACGAAUGCAAGGUGCGCUAUCGGGACCCGAAGCCGCAGGAUUUGGUCAUGUAUUUGCACGCUUGGAAGUACAAGGGUCCUGGUUGGGAGUACGAAACGGAGCUACCGGAUUGGGCUAGGGUAGAUUGGCACGAUAAUUAUUUCGAGUAAAACACUCAUCAUGCCCGGCCAGUCGAGCCAACCACUCUCAUCGUGAAGGGUGAACACAACUCCAACCAUAGCACAAAAGGAAAC